AUGAAAAAGUACUUGAAACAAAAGGUAAGAUUUAUUUUGGAGGCGGACCUUACGGGUAUUUCGGAUUUAGCUGAUAGAGUUUUAACUUACACUCCACUCUUGGUUAACCCAAAAAGUAAGGAUGAAUAUUUCGUCAACCUAAAAUCGAUCAAGGUACAUGGUGAAACUGUACCGAUAAAGAAAAAAUUGCUGUCCAUCAACAAGAUAACUGGAAUUGGUGGAACAAAAAUCGACAUUCGAAUUCCUUUUACUACUCUGCAGACAUCAAUCUACAAGGCCUUUAUUAAGGCUCAUACCGAAUGGGUCGAUCGCUUGAACACUGCUAAUGCUGUGUUGAUGGAUUUCCCCAACAUUACCAUGGUUGCACCGGUUGCACCUUUUACCACCUGUUAUGACGCGGCCACCAUUAUUCUUGGAGGGCCAUCUGUUGUAAAUAAUGUUGCACCUAGUGUGUCUUUCGUUCUUCCCACGAGUGUAUGGAACAUCUCCUUUUUCGAUCUUGUCAUAGCUAAGGAGGGUGUCGCCUGUGUGGCCUUUGUUGAUGGUGGCUUAAAUCCUAAGACUUCCAUUGUUAUUGGUGCAAGGCAGAUAGGAUUCCUAGAGUUUGAUAUUUCAGGAUCCAGAUUGGGGUUUGAAGAACCAAAUCUUAAAGAAUCUGUAAACGGUUGA